AUGUUUGCCAACUUUCUCCUCGCAGCUCUCCCUCUCGUUCCCGCCGCUCUGGCUGGUACGAUGCAGUACCCCACGGUCAUCCCCGGACCAGGACUCCCGAGCCUCGAGUCUCUCGGCCUCACCUCUGAGCUGCUCUACAAGAUGGAGCCCACCACUCCCAAGGUCGACGCAAGGGACGCACUCGCCGCCAACUAUGUCGCCAAAUGUGAUAGUGACCCUGCUGCCUACGUCGCCAAGGGCGAUCUCCAGGCCUGCCUCAAUUACCUGAACGCCAUCGGCUCCCGGGACUGCACCGUUCCCGGUGACAUGAGGCCCAUCCGAUACUGCGUCGCCGGCCAGGCUGACGUCAACGGGCUGUCCAUUACUGGCGUCGUCCAGACGACGCGCUGCUCGGCUGUCGCGCAUGCCGUCAACUAUGUCCUUCAAAGCUGCGUGCGAGACCAAAAGGCUGCUGGCUCCGAGGCCGCUUUUAACAAUGGCGAUGUCAUCGUUAGCUCUCUCGUGACGGGCUUUGCGUGCCGUUCUUAG